UGAAAUACAUUUGUCUUUGGUUUUCGGCUUGCAGCUGACGUUAUGAUUGACGCUACUGACAGUUAUUUAUUUCAAAUUCAGUUUUUUGUUUGAGUUAAUUUUGUUGUGUUUUUAUUUUUCAGGUUUAAAUGGAGAAAAGUUUCGACUUUGGUGCGCUGCUGAAGAACCAUGAGAAGAAGCACAAGAACAAGCCGUCGCAGUUCGUAAGCGUGGCUGGCGGGGUACUGAACCGUUCCUAAUCAUUAUCAUACAGGGCCCCUGGCCCUGCCGUGCUUGUAACAUGCAUGCGGUAAAGAAGCGAUUGGAAAAUAGUCAGAAGCUCAGAAAGAGCAACCGUCUUUCUGUAUUUGACAGCAUCAGAAACUUGACAAAGAGUGACACUCUUCCACCAGUGUCUGAGACUCGGCAGAAAGCAGAGCACAGGAGACAACAGCUUGAGAAAUGGAAGGAGGAGAAAGAAAAGCGGAAGAAGGAGACAGAGGCCCUAAAGAAGAAGCCAUUUAUUGCUGGAGUGGCACAUGCACCACUCAAGUUUGUUCCACCACCAACAAUCCCGAAACCAAUGCCAAGUACAUCAGGCAGGGUGACACGAUCACAGACUGUGAAAAAUAACAAUAAGCAGAAAACAGAGGUGAAAGAGAAAUCUAACCAGUCAUUUGCACCUAAAAAUGCAACAUUUCGUCCACCACAAAACUUAGCAAAAGCUCCAAAUCUUGUCCCACCAAAGACAAGAAAGGAUAAGAAAAAUGUUAUAAUUUUUGAACCAAUAGUACCUAAACAAGUUGUACACAAAAGCAAGGAUAAUGUGAAGGAAACAAGAGCUAAAUCGGAAAAGCAAAUUCCAACAGAAAGAGUGACACGCAGUAGGCAAGUUGAACCACAAAUUACUAAAGGAAAAAUUAUCAAAGCUAACCAAAAACAAAGCAAGAGUCCACUGAAAAGUUCAUCUAGCAGUGAAUUAGAGCAGAUCUGUAAAUCACCUGUUUUGAAAAAUAAAUCUGGGAGAAAGUCCCUUCCAACCAUAAAUUCACCUGUAAUAAAAAAUAAAAUUUCUAGAAAGUCUAUUGGAGCUCCAAGAAAUUUAACACCCAAAAAUCCUGUACCAAAGAGUGAGUCCAGUUCAGAGGAGCGAUUACGGUCACCAAAAAGUUUUGAUGUGUUCACUCCGGAACAUAAGUCUAAUGAGUCAAAGAUUAGUCCGUGUGUCACCAUGUCUCGGGGUAAGGAUAAUGCGAGGAGGGAGAUGAAGAAGAAACUAGAUGAAGGUUUGUUGGAUGAGGACACAAGUGAUAUAGAAAAUGUGGAUCACUUCAGACGGCAGCUCGCCUCUGAAAUCAAGCGCAUGACGGAGAUGUGUGAGACAUGGGACAAGAUCUCUGAGCAGACACAGCUGCCGGACACUGUACAGGAGUGCGUGCUGACGGCAGUGGGUCAGGCGCGGCUGCUGAUGUCGCAGAAGCUGUGCCAGUUCGGCGCGCUGGUGGAGCGCUGCGCACGCCCCGAGCCCGGCACUGCGCUGGUCACGCCGGCCGAUCUGCACGGCUUCUGGGACAUGGUGUUUAUGCAGGUAGAAAAUGUAGACAUGCGUUUCAAGAAAUUAGAAGAGCUGCGAUCUCGCGGUUGGGUAGAAGAUCAACCGGUAGAAAUUCAAAAGAAAGUCGUAAAACCAGUGGCUAAGAAAACUGUAAAGCCAGCCAGUGGGCCCAGCAGACUCCGAGAAAUGAUUGCUGCUGCCAGAAAAGCUAAAAAAGAGCAAGAACAGCAAGAAACCCAGCCUUGUCCCGAGCCAACGCCCGUUGCCGACGGCGACAGCAAGACGUUCGAAGCGGGAUUCUUUUGCGUGAAGUCGCCGGUUCGAUCCCCGUCUAUGCCCAGGACCCCGAACAACAAUUUACUGAAGGCAGUCUUAUCCAGCGAGGCGAAGAAAGCUUCCGCAUCUAAGAAUUCGGCGUCUUUCGCAAUGCUGCGCGCUUCUGUGAUGGGCCGCAACGUCGACUUGGACGGGAUAGCGCUGUUACCGCAAACUCCACUAACACCAGUGAAUCUCAACGCUACUCCUGGACGUAGCAUACUCAAAUCGGCAAACGUGACCCUAGAUAAGUCCAGCAGGAAGUCAAUCAAAGUGGUCCUCUUUGACCAAUCAGAUGAUAUGAACUCUUCACUAAUUCAAGAACACGAGAAAAGCCCUAAAGAUAUCAGCUUUGAACAUCAAAUUGACGAAAAAUCGACAGAAAACCUCCAUAAACAGCACACAGAUAGCGGCUUGUCAUCAAUGGAUGUAGAGAAAGAAGUGGAAAACAAAGAAAAUUCUAGAAGAAAGUCGAAGUUGAUGCGGCAGGAUGCGACAGAGGAACGCAGUCCCGUGGUAACACGCAGCAGACGUAAGAGUGUGAACACGCCCUUAGAAACCAGCGUUGAAGAUUGUAAACCCAAGAGGUCUAGCCGCAAAAAGGCUUUGCAGGAGGAUAAUAUUAUAGAAGAGAAGUUCAACCAGACACCCAAAAGGUCUACCAGAAGACGGAAGAGCAGUGUAAACAGUGUCAUGGCGUAGAUUUACUGCAAGAAUAUUUGUAAUGCCUUAUUUAGAAAUCUAUGUAUAUUUUACUUCUAAGUGCUGAAGAAGAAGUAAUCUACAAAUUUUUGUAAAGACUGUGGUACACAUUGUAAAUGAUUUUGGAUUUUCUGUUUGGUGGCGAGGUAAAAAAGGUCUGUAAAAUUUUAGUAAUAACAUGUAAGCUACGACUUUUAUUAUUAUUGAUAAUAACAGACAUUUAUAUAUACGGCAGUCAGUAUCAUACACCAAUUUAGAAAUAGAUUUGAUACCAUAGUGUUAUUUCUGUAACAUCAAUGUGCCUUUCUGUCUCUAAUUUCAGGUCUAUUACUCUAUGUAUAAUAUUUGUCGAAUUCUGCGCAGUGAUAAGAUCAUAUCAUUACCUUCGAAUGAGUAAUGACCCGAAAGUAAUGCACCUAAUAGUAUUAUACCAAUAAAACAUUCCAACAUUUUUUUCGACCAUGGUUGUUAAGUAAUUAUGGUUAUUUUCAACCAAGUAGCCCACUUGAUCGUAUGACUUUUCUAUAGUAAAUUCUUCUAUAUCGUUAUUAAUAUUGUGUUUACUUUCAUUUUAAUAAUAAAAUUUUAGAUCUGUUACAUUUUAGUAUGAAUUAUGAGAUGACAAUUGACUUAGUUUUAAAAUAAAUUAGGUAUUAAUUGUGUUCGUAAUUUUAGAGGCUUUUAUGUAAGCCCGAGUUCAUGACAAAAAAUCUUGUUUUUAUCCUUAUUGUUUUCGAAUAAUAUUUUCAUCAUGAUUGUAGUGCGUAACUUUGUCGAAAAAUUAUUAUGAAUUUUAUUUAACGCACCAAACGAAAGUGCCACUUACAACUAUCUAUAAUUUCCACGCAAACUAUUUGCAAUACAUUACGUUAUGGCUUGUUUCACAAUGUAUGAAUAAACGCUAAUCUUCGUAUAUAAUACAGGGAGACUGAAUACAAAAGCCAAGCUUCCAAAAAAUAGUAAUUAGGUUACUAUUUGCAUUAGGCGGUGCUCCCAGCAAAACUACGCGCUAACAUAUUUUAGAAGUUAUCUAUUUCAACCUAUCGGUAUGCAAUAUUACUUGGAUCAACAAUUUAAUAAAAAACAUUUCAGUAGUCUAAAAUUUUCAAAAUGUCCUAAAAUUGACAUUUUAAAUAUUCGUAUUUCUUAAAUAUACUCGCCCUUAAUUCGUGCAGCAUAAUCUUAUUAAUUUUAAGUCAUAUUUUGUGCGCCAUAAAUGUAUGAAACGAAUUCUCAAGGCCGUUUGUUCGCGUUUAAAGCCUUAAUUGACUUUUAUAUACUGGUACAUUGUGAAACAGCCACUAAGUAAGUUACUCAUUGUUAUGAGUGAAAAUAUAGUCAACGUUACCCAUGAAAGGUUAAUGUCUGUAAAAUUACUUAAUUUUUUGUUUAUUUUCUAUGUUUCUUAGACAAAUCUCACAUAAGUCCUUAGUCAAUUUAUUGCAAGCUUUUAAAUAUUUUAAUGUUUUUAAAAUAGUUAUAAUAUGAUUGGUAAAUCUGAGAUCAACUGGUGACAAAUUCCAAUACUAUCAAAGUUUGAUGUAGUACAUCUGCUAGAUAUCCAAAUUGCUCUUCCAAGUAUUGUAGCUUAUAAUAAGGCGUAGGUUAGACCUGACUCAUCACAAGAGACUGAACUCGGAGAUGUUAAAUCAUGUUAUACUGAUUCUGCGUGUCUGUGUGAACGAGGAUUUAGUUUUACUACGAAAUAUUGUAGAAUAAUGUAAACAUUUAAAUUAAAUAAAUAUUUUUUA